AUGGUUGAGAAACAAGAGACAGAAGUAUUUGUCUACAAGAAUGUGGCUAACCGGGUCAAGCCCAUCAUGACCACAUUACCAGAAGAGUUCCAAAUUGUGCAAAGAAAACUGGCAAGGCUGCUGGAGGAGCUUCCAACCUUACCGGUCCACCCACCCGAAUUUAAGCCUUGGGGGAGGUACACAUGA